CCUGCUAACCCAAACCCAAACCCAAACCAUCAGUUACAAGCGCAAAUCACUCGAAGCUGAAACUUGCUCAUUUCAAUUACUCUGUUGUGAUUUUGAUCUUUUCUUGAUUAAGUUCAUAUUGUGAUUUUGAUCAGUAUGGCUGAGGAAAACAAGAGCCAUGAGUAUGAGACCAAAGUUGGUGAAGAGAGUGGUGCUGUUGAGACCAAGGAUCGCGGGUUGUUUGAUUUCCUGGGGAAGAAAGAAGAAGAGAAGCCUCAAGAGGAGGUGAUUGCUACUGAUUUUGAAGAGAAACUUCAGGUUUCUGAACCCGAGACUAAAGUAGAGGAAGAGCACAAGAAAAAAGAGGAAGAGGAGAAGAAACCUACUCUCUUUGAGAAACUCCAUCGAUCAGGCAGCAGUUCUUCCAGCUCUUCCAGUGACGAGGAGGAAGGUGACGAUGAAGAGAAAAAAAAGAAGAAGAAGGAAAAGAGGUCAUUGAAAGAGAAGAUGAAGAUAUCAGGAGAGAAAGGAGAGGAGAAGGAACACGAGGACACUAGUGUUCCUGUCGAGGUAGUCCAUACAGAGACACCCCACGAACCAGAGGAUAAGAAGGGUUUCCUUGACAAAAUCAAGGAGAAAUUGCCGGGACAUAAGAAAGCUGACGAGGUCCCUCCUCCAGCUCCUGAAUAUGUUUCCCCUGAAGCUGCAGUUUCCCAUGAAGGAGAUGCCAAGGAGAAGAAGGGACUACUCGAGAAGAUCAAGGAGAAGUUACCUGGGUACCACCCCAAGACUGAAGAAGAGAAGGAGAAAGAAAAGGAGAGUGCUUCCCAGUAGGGCAGCAGGCAGUAUUCUUGUGUUCUAUAGAACGGUGAUGAUGAUGCUUGAUGUGUGGCUUGUUUGGUUAUGUCCAUCUACUGUUUUUCUUCCUUUUUAGAAAAAAAAGCUCGGUUUACUGCAAAUAUUACAAGACCAUACGUGCUUGUAAUUUGAUGUAAGAUUGUUUAGGGUUUUGAUCACAUCUCAUGUUUUCAGGAUCAUUUCCUUUGUUUUUGUUAUUUUGAUCCCUUUUUUAAACUAUAAUCAAUGAAUUAUUAUUUCCCUUGUUUCCA